AUGGUUGAAGACUUACUAUACAGGCUAAAUAACAGGCGUCCAAUGACUCCUCCGCUGAAAGGCACCAACUAUAACUACGGCCUGAACACAGACACGAUGAGCUACUGGCUGGACUACUGGGCGAGCAACUACAACUUCACGACGCGGGAAGAGUACUUGAACCAGUAUCCACAGUUCUUAACAAACAUCCAGGGUCUAAAAUCCACUUUAUCUGGAUCAAACCGGAGCAUUCCACUUCUGAUGCUGCACGGGUACCCAGGGUCCGUGCGCGAGUUCUACGACGUUAUUGAUGACAUCAUCAAGCCCACUGGCCGGGACUUCGUGGUCGAAGUCGUGAUCCCUAGCUUUCCUGGAUUCGGUUACUCAGAUGCUACCAACUACCCAGGACUCGGUACUGCAGAGAUGGCGUUCAUAUUCGAGAAACUGAUGACCAGAUUGGGUCACGAGCGGUUCUACGUCCACGGGGAGACGCGGGGCUGUCAUAGGAAAUAA